AUGGCCAGACAAGGAGAUGGUUUUGAGGGAAACGUGCAACAUCUUCAACAUAAUCCUAUAUACAACUGCAAAACAUGCAACACGGAUUUUGAACAUGCUAUUCACUGUUACUACUUGGUUGUACGUGUCUCUGAUGACUCAAAGGGAGAAGUCAAGUUUUUGCUUUUCAACAAUAUUGCGGAGAGGCUCAUUAGGAGACCUGCGUUUGAGUUAGUCCAAGAGGCUGGUCAGGAAAAUCCACAUUUUCUACCUCAGUCUCUAACUGAUUUGAUUGGGAGAAAACUUCUAUUUAAGAUUACUAUCGCAACAAGACAAGGUCCCAACAUGACACGCCAAACAAACCCGACUGGUCCAGCAGUGUCUGUAGAAGAUGCACCUCGUGAAGCUACGCAAAGUCCAUUCCAACAAACCAAAACCAAUGAAUUCAUUCCUCCACCAAGGUUCAUCGUCGAGGAUCAUCCUGAAGCUUACAAUAAUAGAUAUGCAAUGGAAAGUGAGUCUGAAAAUGAAAAUGAUAAUGAAGAUGAGGAGAAUCAGACUUACACUACCUAUCCAGCUGGAGAGACUUUCAUAAACACAUCACCACAACAUAUCCCACAAGAAACUAAUAGUUACUACGACGACGGAGAUCCAGGUUGGAAUUGUAAGUUUUGUCAAGCAUAUAUGUGGUAUGGUGAAAGAAUUGGAAAACGCCGGCGUAGUGCCAAUCCUGUAUUCACAAUGUGUUGUAAACAUGGUAAAGUUGUACUUCCUCGGCUCGCGAAUCCUCCAAUGGAGUUAAUGACUUUGUUAUGCAAAGGAGACGAGUUAAGCAAACAUUAUCGAGAGUUCAUACGAGCUUACAAUAUGAUGUUCUCUUUCACAUCUCUUGGGGGGAAGAUAGAUCAUUCUAUUAACAAUGGUCGUGGACCAUUUGUUUUCCGAAUGUCCGGUGAGAACUAUCAUCGUAUUGGUGAUAUAGUUCCCGAGCCUGGACAAGCUCCAAAAUUUUCCCAGCUCUAUAUCAUUGACACUUUAAAUGAGAUCAAAAAUAGACUUGACGCUUAUGCCGGGUCUGACAGAGCUGCUGCUAAGAAACUAAGAGAACCACUUGUUCUUCUUCUGAAGAAUAUGUUAGAUCAGUGUAACCCUCAUGUCAAGGCUUUUAGGUCUGCAAGAGACAGAUUCGACGUGGAAGGAUCAACAGGUUAUAGGAUGAGAUUGAUUGAAAGUCGACAAUCUGAUGGACGGACCCAUAAUCUGCCGACUGCAAAUGAAGUUGCUGCUUUGAUACCUGGAGAUUUUGUUUUAAAUAUGGAGACACGAGAUAUUGUUCUAGAGAGUACAAGUGGAAAGUUGCAAAGGAUAAGUGAAUUACAUCCGGCGUAUUUGCCUCUGCAAUAUCCACUAUUGUUUCCAUAUGGAGAGGAUGGCUUUCGAUUAAAUAUUCCUAUUGGUUUUGAAGACAGCACUGCGAGAAAACGCAAGAAUGUAACUAUGCGUGAGUACUUUGCAUUUCGGAUUUUAGAGAGGAGGUGGGAAGCACCUACAAUUACAAGAUCAGGCAGAUUGUUUCAUCAGUUCCUUGUGGACGCUUACACAAUGAUAGAAUCGAGUAGACUACGUUACUUGUGGCUGAAUCAGAAAAAGCUCCGGUCAAGUAGUUACGCUGCAAUCCAGAAAGCAGCUACAAGAGCUGGAGCUAAGAUGGCGGAACAAGGGAGCCGAAUUUUCAUUCCAGCAACUUUCACUGGGGGAAAAAGGUAUAUGAAGCAGCACUACUAUGAUGCCAUGGCUCUGUGCAAAUACCAUGGAUUUCCUGAUAUUUUCAUCACUUUUACGUGUAAUCCAAAAUGGCCUGAAGUUACAAGGUAUCUGAAAAAAUAUAACCUGACCACCGAAGACAGGCCAGAAAUAUUGUGUAGAGUUUUCAAGAUGAAACUCGAUAAUCUUAUCGGCGAGUUGACUAAAAAGAACGGCUCCUUAUUCGGUCCUGUUGCUGCAGUAAUGUACACGAUUGAGUUUCAAAAAAGAGGAAUGCCACACGCUCAUAUUCUUGUCUUCAUGGAAAAAGGAUCAAAAUUUCCAACAGCCGAUGAUAUAGAUAAGAUUAUUUCCGCUGAAAUACCAGACAAGACAGUAGAUCCAGACCUGUAUGUGAUCGUUGGGGAUUGUAUGAUGCAUGGUCCUUGCGGUGCAGCAAAAAAGGAUAAUGUAUGUAUGGUUAACGGUAAAUGUUCUAAGAUGUUUCCCAAACCUCUCAACAUCAGGACAUCGAUUGACGCAAAUGGAUUUCCAGCUUACAUGCGUCGGAUUGAUGGUAGGUUCAUUGAGAAAAACGGAAUCAGAUUAGACAAUGGAUUUGUUGUACCAUACAACAGAGACCUCAUGCUUCGAUAUCGCGCGCAUAUGAAUGUAGAGUGGUGCGUCCAAACACGAGCUGUUAAGUAUCUUUUCAAAUAUAUUCAUAAGGAACCUGAUUAUGCCUCAGCUGCAAUGGAUAAAGAAGAUGAAGAUGGCGUCAUUGACGAAAUCAAAACAUAUUACGACUGCAGAUAUAUUACUGCAUGCGAGUCGUCUUGGCGGAUUCUUGCUUUUCCUACACAUUUUCGUACUACUUCUGUAGAGAAACUUGGCUUUCAUCUUCCGGAUCAGGAACUGGUAUUUUUUGAUGAAGAUGAACCUAUUGAGAGUAUUCUCAACAAAAAGACUGUCAACCAAUCCAUGUUUUUGGCCUGGUUCAUAGCAAACAGAAAAUAUGCAGAGGCAAGAGAGUUGACAUAUGCGGAAUUUCCAACAAAAUUCGUUUGGAAAUCAGGUACGAGAAAAUGGGUACCACGGAAACGAGGCUUUGCGAUAGGGAGGAUUGCGCAUAUUCAGCCAUCAGGUGAUGAGCUAUAUUUCUUAAGAGUAUUGCUAAACUGGGUAAGAGGGCCGACAUCAUACGAGGAUAUAAGAACAGUUGAUGGUGUUUUAUAUCAUACAUACGAAGAUGCUUGCUAUGCGUUGGGAUUGAUGGAUGAUGACAAGGAAUUCAUAGAAGCUAUCAAAGAUGCCAGUGACUGUAGUUCUGCGACGUAUGCAAGGAAGCUUUUUGCGAGAAUGUUGGUUUCCAAAUCGUUGUCUCAGCCUCAUGUAGUGUGGGAAGCUACUUGGGAGUAUCUUACCGACGAUAUUCUUUACAAGAAGCGGCGAGAAACUGGACGACCUGAUAUGAACUUGACCAUAGCGCAGAUCAAAAAUAUUGCUCUUACUGAGAUCGAAAAUCAUUUGCUCAGCAAUGGUCGUAGCCUCAAGAAAUGGCCCCACAUGCCAAAGCCAGAAAAUUUUGGAGAUUACAACGGCAAUCGCCUUAUAGAUGAUGAGCUUAAUUAUGUUGUGGAAGAUCAGCUAAAGGAAAAUGAAAGACUUAUGGCGAUGAUAACAGAUGAGCAAAGAGGGGUAUACAAUCAGAUUCUGGAUGCAGUUUUAAAUGAUAGCGGUGGAGUGUUCUUUCUUUAUGGUUAUGGAGGCACAGGAAAAACAUUCGUAUACAGAGCACUCUCAUCAGCUAUCCGAUCCAAAGGUAUGAUUUUUCUAAAUACCGCAUCAAGUGGAAUUGCAGCAUUGUUGUUGGAAGGAGGUAGGACCACAAUAAAAAGAUUCGUAUACAGAGCACUCUCAUCAGCUAUCCGAUCCAAAGGUAUGAUUGUUCUAAAUACCGCAUCAAGUGGAAUUGCAGCAUUGUUGUUGGAAGGAGGUAGGACCGCACAUUCCAGAUUUGGUAUUCCGAUAGAUGCAGACGAAUUCAGCACUUGCAAGAAAAUGGAGCCAGGAUCAGAUCGUGCAGAUAUAGUUAAAGUGGCUAAGUUAAUUGUAUGGGAUGAGGCGCCUAUGAUGAGCAGACACUGUUUCGAGACGUUGGAUCGCACUAUGCGUGAUAUUAUAAGAUCUUGUGAAGAUAAACCUUUUGGGGGAGAUGGAAAAAUAAAUUUGCCUAACGACGGUCAAGUUGAGAUUGACAUCCCUUCUGAUUUGCUGAUACAAAAUAGUGGAGAAGACCCUAUUGAGACUAUGGCAAAAGAGGUUUAUGGACAAGCUUUUCAAACUUCAACAGAUAAGGAUUUGUAUAGACAUCGAGCCAUUCUUACUCCCACAAAUGAUGAAGUGGAUAAAAUAAAUGAUUACAUGCUUUCGCAUUUGCCAGGAGAAGAGAAGGUUUACCUUAGCUUUGACAGUAUUAUCCCAUCCGAUGUUGAUAUAGAAGAAAAUGUCGUAUAUCCUGCAGAGUUUUUGAACAGUGUUAAAGUGGCUGGACUGCCUAGACAUUGCUUGAAGCUCAAGGUUGGUGCUCCUAUCAUGUGCCUUCGUAACAUGGAUGUUGCAGAUGGUUUAUGUAAUGGUACUAGGCUAAUUGUUACUCAGUUACUGCCCCAUGUGAUAGAAGGUAGAAUUAUAACCGGAAACAAAAUUGCUGGACAUCAGGUUUGGAUCCCUAGAAUGUUUGUCACACCACCUGACACCAAGUUCCCCUUCAGAAUGCGUCGAAGACAGUUUCCAGUUACUUUGGCUUUCGCGAUGACCAUCAACAAAAGUCAAGGUCAAACACUGGAAAGUGUUGGGUUGUUUCUGCCUAGGCCAGUGUUCUCUCAUGGUCAGCUCUACAUUUCAUUUUCAAGAAUGGGUACUGAUGAGUUAGGAACUGACACUAUUCAGGAGCAUCCUGUUUUCUGA